ACCACGUCCUCACUCCUGACCUACGACGUUUGAUAACUCUGCAACACAGACUACGAGAGGGCGCAAUGGUGUGGAAGGCUGAGUAUGCCGCAGAGCUGCGGCCAUAUAUCUCCCAACUUCCUUUCGACGAGUUUAUGGAGAGAUUCAUGCCGGGUCCCGACCUCCCUGUGGCGUUGGCGCGUGAUGCCGUCGACACGCUCGAGGCCAAAACGAAGGAAAGGAAGUCCUGGUGGUUAGUAUGCCAGAAAAUUUGCGAGAUGGCCCAGCCUAUCUUUGACAACUGCCCGGAAGGCGAGAGACUAGUCGCGAAGCAUACUGGCAAUUUUCGUGACAACACGGACGACGAAGAUCCCAGUGGCUACCUCAAAGUCGACGUUUCUGUCUACCCCGCACACGAGGACGCCGUGAAUGAUUGCACAGACCCUGACGACGAUGACUCCGACUCAUACACGGACAACACGGACUGGGGUGCAUAUGAAGAAGACAUACCCGUACUGGAUACACCUGAAGCGCGUACCCGCUGGGCGUGGAUAUCGCUCGCAAUCAUAGUCAAGAUGCGCCACAAAGCCUCGCCAUUCGAGUUUAUGAACGACAUGACCGAGUCAUUCCUUCGUUACAACCCACGCGGAAAUGGUAAGGCCGAUCGCUCUCUCGGAUACCUCGCCGAGUGUGUCUCCAAGGUUUUCCGAAGGCAACAUCGCCUCCAUUGCUUCACGAUAUACGUCUGCAAAGGCAAGGCGCGCGUGGUGCGCUGGGAUAGGGCGGGCGCUGUUGUCUCGACGCCAAUCGACUUUGUAGAGGACCCACGGCCGCUACAAAUGGUCUUCUGGAGGUACGCGUGCAUGACACAGGUUCAACGCGGAUUCGACCCAACUGUGUCUCUUGCUACAAAAGCGGAGAUCGACGCGAUGCGGGCCUGUCAAGCGCCGAAUGAGUGGGCCGACAAGUGUCGCCAGGACGCUCUCAGUCAACCUGGUUGGCCUGUGUACAAGGUCAAGAUGCCCGCCGAGAGCUUUGUCGACCAGCGUGACUUCAAACCGCUCCUCGACGACAUGAUCAUUAAGACGCGCAACACUAUUGACGACCGAAUGCCGACUGGAGAGGAACCGUGUUUCCUCGUCGGCAAACCCUUUCAUGCCAGCGAGUGGCCUAUCGGGCGAGGAUACAGAAGCUACGUCACCUAUGAGGUGGCUCUGGACCGCUUGGUCGUCGUGAAGGACUAUUGGAGACCCGAUACACCUGGCCUGAUCCCCGAAGGCGAGGCACUGGCAACGCUGAGAAGGAACGGCGUACAGAAAGCACCGACGCCGAUCGCUGCUGGCUGUGUGAUCUCUGACUCUGGCGACGUUCAAACGACGUACGCGCAGGACUAUUGGCCGGCCUAUCGGGGGGCGAAGAGUAAGCCGCCUGUCCAGAGGCAUUAUCGUCUUGUCAUAGAGGAGAUUGGCUGCCCGCUGGAGUCACACCAAAGUGCAGAGUUCCUCACCAGCCAUCUCUACGAGGCUAUAGACGCACACAGACAGGCAUGGGAGGUGCGCAUUCUCCACCGAGAUAUCAACCCUCGCAAUAUGAUCAUCUACGAUGUCGACACGCCUGGAGGGUGUAUAACGAUCAGCAUCCUGGAUGGUUGGGAUGUCUGUCAAACGGAAGAAUUCAUCAACGCUGUGACAGCAUCGCGUCCUGGUCGCGCAGGUACAUGGCAAUUUAUGUCUGCCAGGCUUCUGUCGAAGCCCGCCAAAAAGCAUGAAGUCGAAGACGACCUGGAAUCCUUCGUCUACGUGCUUUGGUGGAUGUGCCACCGUUUCUACACCCCGGAACUCCACCUCCGCCCAUUAUUGCGCUAUAUAGCGACAACGUACGACAGUUGGCAUGACACACACAAGCAGGAGCCUGUCGGCGGUGGCUGGAAAUCCAGCUUGAUGUCUAAUGGAGGAACCGGCGUCAUGGGUCGCUUUCGUUCUGACACCGGUACCCCUCUGGACGGGCUGCUCGAUGAGCUGAAUUCGAUUUGCCGCGACCAUUACGCUUACGUGGAGCAUAGGGAGAGGGUUGACGAAGGACACGUGGAGUAUGAUCGCGGCCCUAUAUAUGCAAUGGCCCGACCAUGCCGCCCACCUCGACGUCGGAAGGGUUCAUCGCCUUCGAGUUCGCUUUCAGCUUGGAAGCAGCCGGAGCUCGUACCCUUUCCCUGGCUCGCGGACCACGCCGCGAUGCUUGAUGCUUUUGCUUGCGCAUUGUCGGCCCCAGCGCGCGAAUGGGCUGCCGUCGUCAAGACCGGUGACACUUUACACAAGGUCGACCCGACCCAAGAGAGCGACUGGGAGUUCUACGAGGGAAGGCGGCCGGACUACGAAUGCGAUUCAGAAUCAAUUCACUCGUCUGGUUCAGAAAGCGCGGCAAGUGAGGACGAUAAUGGAGCAUGAUGCGGGGUGUUACGGGCGAUAAACAACCUCGAUGCUGUACCGUUACAUGGGAGCAUAUCCAUAGCUUGACAGACGUUACCACUACUACAGAAGUCAACUGACAGGUUCAAAUGACACAUUGAGC